AUGAGUAAAAAGUGUGCUAAAUGUCAGAAGAUCGUCUAUCCCACAGAGGAGUUAAAGUGCCUGGAUAAGAUAUGGCACAAGCUGUGUUUCAAGUGCGAAGUCUGUGGCAUGACUCUCAACAUGAAGAAUUACAAAGGUUUCGACAAGCUGCCCUACUGCAAUGCUCAUUGUCCUACAGCCAAGCACACACAAGUGGCGGACACACCAGAAACAAGAAGGAUAGCUGAGAACACCAAGAUUCAGAGUAAUGUGCAGUACCAUGCAGAAUUUGAGAAACUCAAGGGACAUAAAACAUCUGUGGCUGAUGACCCAGAAACAGAGCGCAUCAGACAGAACACCCAGAUCCAGUCAAACAUCAAUUACUGGGGGUUGAAGGAGCAGAAGGACCAGAUGGAAGGCAAGAGACCCGAGGGUUUCAAUGAUGUGCAUGGUCAGAAAGUCCAGCCACGCCCCAUUGCAGAGUAUGACCCGCUGAAUCAGCAGCACAGUACUGCCGCACGUGCCAGCUAUGGACAGAGUCAGCCAGUUGCGUACAAACCAGCCC